AGCUCUCUCUCCAGCAUCCCCGAGAGAGAGAGAGAGGUGGACGGAGCCAUCCUCCGUACUUGACUGCAGCUCAAGCAGCGGCGAGAAGAGACGCACCGAGGCGCUUCUUUACUAUGGUUUUAAACUGACAACAAAGGUGGGAUUACGUCACCAGCACAAAGAGACAGAAACACAAGUCAGCAAAUCCAAGCACUGCACAGAGGAAGCCUAAUUCUUGCACAAGCAUGGCAGACCACAAAGACGGAAUAGAUGACUUUAAAGUCCAAACAGCCAAGCAUCCCUACAUCAGCACGACCCAGAUGCGGCCCCAUAACGAACACUCUAAAGACCGAGCAUCCAAAAGGCUCUCCACUGACUCUAACGGAACCAGUGAAGGAGUGGGCUCGUCCACACCGGUUGAGCUGACCGCCUUGGAAGAGUCCUUUCGACGUUUCGCCAUUCACGGCGACACACGCGCUACCGGCAAGGACAUGCACGGCAAGAACUGGUCCAAGCUCUGCAAGGACUGCGGUGUGAUCGACGGCAAAAACAUCACCCUCACCGACGUGGACAUCGUCUUCUCCAAAGUAAAGAAGAAGUCCUCUCGCACCAUCGUAUAUGACGAAUUCAAGGUUGCGCUGGCAGAGCUUGCCAGGAAGAAGUACAAAGACAAGAGUGGAGAGGACGCAGAGGCCGAGGUCUUCAAGUUGAUUGAGGGGAAGGCGCCCGUGAUCGCCGGGGUCACGAGAGCGGUGGCUUCCCCGACAGUGAGCCGCCUGACGGAUACCACAAAGUUCACGGGGUCGCACAAGGAACGUUUCGACGGCACGGGUCGCGGGAAAGGAAAAGCAGGACGGGUGGACGUAGUCGACACUUCGGGGUACGUCUCAGGAUACAAGCAUCGAGGGUCCUACGAAAAGAAGGUCACUAAACCCCCCAAUGGCAAACCCAUGUAAUAGUGUGGGGUAGGGGAAACAUUAGCUCUUCAGCUUGGAUCAUUUUCUAUUAAAAAGGGUACUCAAAAAGUCUAAACAAAAUAGGUCAUCAUGUAUUUUCUCAUCCAGUUAUGUUUUUUUUUUUUUUUAGUUCCUCUCUUUGUGAAGUGUGAGAACUGGAAAACUGUUUACAUCUAUUUUUUUUACAAAGUCUUCACCAGCUGGUACAUUCCUGUCUGAUGGCGAGUUACUGCCAAAAACCUAGGACAACACAAAUGAUGAUGAUGAUGAUGACGAUAAUGAAGCUCUGUUAUGAUCGGGCCUUCGAAUAUUUAUUAGGCACAACCAACAAUGAAAGCCAAGGAAAACAAAAAUGGGACAAGAUUUUUAUGAUGUAACAACAUUGCACUUUUGCCCAUAUUAAGAAGAAAUUCAUUUUUAAUGAGCCUUCCAGACAGUUGGUGCCCAUUUUGGAUGAUGUAUAUUUAAUAUUCUGUCUUGUGUGUACUAUUCCCCCAUUUGUCAACUGUGUAGACUAUAAUCUAUGCUCUUCUUUUGGUAAUAGUGCAGGAUAGCACAAAAGUCAGUACACACUUCAUAUUUCAGCAACCGUCACAUCUUUUUAAGGUACAAUACCACAGAAAGGAAACAUGGAUAUACAGUAUUCAGUGUUAAGAUUAUAUUAUAGUACAGAUGUAUUAUCCACUGAAAAUAAGUAUACACACAGAUAAUAUUCAUGGCAAUGUUCCCAACAGAACGUCUCUCUCACGACCACAGCCAGAGAUGUGCAUUGUGCAUGCUGCAUUGCGCUUUCAAAAUAAAAGCACGUAUAUAAUAGUCGUUACUCUGUAGAUUGUGUUUCAAAUAUUGCAACUUCACCACAUUGCAGAUUUUUUAAAGCAAAUUCUUUAACACAGUUGCCCUAAAUUAAUCUUUUUCAACCACCGAAAUGGCUAAAUGAACUAAAAACAUUAAUACCACCGUUGUAUAAGCCACUAAACACCAAACCAAAUCAGAGUGCGAUGUUCUGUAUUGUCGCCAUUGAUUUGCUCGUAGUACUAUAUUAGAUUAAAAGAGUGUAACUAUGACUAAAUUGUGUUAUUUAGUUUACAGAGGGCUCUUACAUAAUUGAAAACAUAUGUAGAAGGUACUAAAUAGUUUUUACGCUGCAGUUACUAAAAUAUUAGACUUAUAAUUAACGAUUCCUACUCAGUAGGAAUUAAUUUAUUGUGUGCAUGUCCGACCAUCAAACCGCGAAAAACGAGGGACAACUCUAUUGUACUGUACUGUAAUUGUAUUAAUUAUUUAUUCUGUAACAUUAUCCCUUGAAAAUAUAUACAGUGAUACAAAUGUUGCUGAAAUGUGAGGGGUGUACUCACUUUUGUGACAUACUGUAUGCCUUUAGCGUAGGUAGGGAUUUCUUUAUUUAGCUUUCAUAUUUCACACAAACAGCACACUUUUAACUCAUGAAUUCAGCAGCAGGAGAAAGUUCAGUUGUGCAAAAUUGUACUUAUAACAUUUAACUUAUAAAAUAUUAUUUUCCCUGUCCAGUUUAAAACAAGUAGCUGUAAUAUAUCUAUAUAUAUGUGUGGUUAGAUUGUGUAUAAUCUAAAAACUGUAGCCAAUUGGUUUGAUUUCUGACACUGGCUUCGUGUUCCUUUCUGUGUUGCUGUACCUUAUGCAUGUUUUGUAUAUUAAGUACAUUUGUUCGAGAACCACAAAACUGAUAGUAAGGCGUGUUAUGUCAUGUUUUGAUCUACUGUGCCUGCUGUGAGGACAGACUACUGGACAGCCAUUUUAUUGCUUAGAAAUGGAAGUAAAGAUUAAAAGGUGUUAUUGACUGUAUUCUAUAGAAUAUAUAGAAAGUCGGCUGCCAUCGAAUGCUGUUAUAUUUCUUAUCAGGAGAACCUAUAAACAUGUGGUACUGUCGGGCCGAGGCACAAAUUUAAUUCAAGAAAAGCAGGGAAUGCCGGUUUUAUCCCUAAGUACUGUCUGACGUAAAAGGGAAAAAAAUCCAAACAGUAUACUUUUGUAAAGUAUUUUUAACACUUGUGAUACUUGCUCAGUGUUAUUUUGUCUGCUGAAGUCGCUGGAGUAAGCUCCUUGUGCUUAAUGCCAAAUACUGUGCACCUUUAAUGUGGAUUUUUUAAUUCAUAACUUUUUAAUAUGCUAUGUGUCCCCAAUGCAUGCAGUGGAUGUUUUUGUACUUGUUCUUUAGACCUCUUAAUUGUGUGUUCAUGAUUUGUCAUGCAGUGUCGAAAAUAAAACAAAAGCACAACCAAAAGAGUGAAAGUGAAAGUGUGUGUCAUGAUAAGGCUUGCUCUUUGAGAAACUGCAAAAUAAAAUCUGCAAAGUGUG